UGCAGGUCAGGAGUCGUUCUCGGGCGGUGCUGGACCUGGAAAACACAGCGUCAAUAUGUGGAACGAUAUUGAGCUUUUAGCAAAUGAUGAUACUGGCAGUUGUCGCUUGAACAUUGACUCUCGUCAAGAAAGUGGCACAGCUUUGUAUCAGGUGGACACACUACUGAAAAUCUCUUCAAGUGAAAAAGUUUCAUUUAACCCAAAACUUUAUGCCUGCAACACAAGUGAAGGGUGUAUUAUUGUUGCAGACAAAUCUGUAUGUCUUCUUGACGGUAUUUGCCAAUCUCUCCUGCUUCAGCUACAGUUUGAUACUGAAGUAGAUGUUGUUGGCCUUUGCUUCGAAGGAAGAUUUCUGUUAGUUGGAGAGAGAAAUGGAAGCGUUCACCUGAUUCAUGUAAUGUCUAGACAGAUCCUGAUGACCAAAACAUUGGUACAGAAUGCUGGGAAAAACGAUGAGAAGACCUUUAAAAGACUUCUGCUAGAGAAGGAUGCUUCAGAUGAAGGUGUUUAUCAUUUGUUUUUACUGACAAAUGAAGGACUGUACUGUAUCAUGUACUUUCAUAUUGCGAGGAUUAAUGAUGCUCUUGAAAGUAUGGACAUCAGUGCAGCAAAAGAGCUUGAAGGGAAAAUCAAGACCUGCUUUAUUUCAACAGAAAACUAUCACACGGAUGGUUGUUUGAGUUUGUUAAUUGGUGAUCUGACAAGUGAUGUUCAUCUAGUUAUAGGGGGAAGAGGCGACUAUGUGCUCUCGAAAUGGAAGAUGGACCCAGUAAAAAAACAUGUUGCAGUUCAAAAUCUUGCUGAUUCCAGUAUGAUUCAAGGUGCAAAAAAGCUUCAAGUUCUUGACAAUUUGCUGUUUGUUUUGGAUGAUGAUGGCAUUUUGAGUGUGUGGGAUGUUUACACGUUGGUUUUGGUAUGGGACUGGCCUUUUUGUCGUCUGUCAGAUUUUUUGUUAACAACGGAGGGAGACGCUUCAUCUUCUAUAACCCGGCAAAGAGAUACUAACCUCAAACUUAUAGCAUUGACAUUUCCCAAUGAAAAACAGAUGAGAAGCCUUGCAGUAUAUUCUUUGCCCACCAUGAACCACUUGUAUUCAAUUGAAGUGUCAGAUGUAUGCACCCUUGUUCAAAUUGGUGUCACUAUGGACACAAUAUAUCUGCUCGAGGGAAUAUAUGACAGCCAGGAAAGGUCUUCUGACUCUCCAGUUGCUGUCCUUGCCAUGAGAUGUUUAACAGAGGCAUUGCCGGAGAACAGGUUGAGUCGUUUAUUGCAUAAACAUAAAUUUGAAGAAGCGGAAAAAUUUGCCAUUCAGUUUGGACUUGAUGUAGAGCUUGUAUAUAAAGUAAAGCUGAAUAUUGUACUGGAGAAAUUGGCAUCAGCAUCUGUUGGGAGUUAUGGCCAAGUCCUCUGGCAAGAACUUGUGGAUUAUGCUAAAGGCAAUCUGCAUAAAAUUAAGGAUGACAAUUUUGUGGUUCAAUAUUGUGUCAAUGCCCCAUGGCCUACCUAUGAAACAACAUUUGAGAUGCUGAAUUAUGCAAAAACCAGAAUUCAGAGAAAGGAGGAGAAGACUUUACCAUUGUUAUCAGAUGAGAGUCCAGUUUCUAUUACAGAUGUGUUACGAGCUCAAGCAAGAUUGACCACUUUUUAUGGUGCUUUCGGUCCUGAUAAAUUUAGUGGCAUUGCAUGGAUAGAGUUCUUAAACAACAAUGAUGUGCUGAAGGAUAUUAUUUUUCAACUGGAAGAGAUGAAUCUGUCUUGUGCACAAUAUCUUUGGCUUAGACAUCAGGCAGAGUUUGAAAGCAAGUUUGAUGAGCAGAUGCUGGAGAGUCUCCUGAGCAAAAUUCCUGCAAACAUCUCGUCACAGGAAUUAUGCCUAUGGUUUAAAAAUAUAUUGAUUCCAUUUAUAAGAAGAAUUGUGCCAAAAGGACAGAAAAUCGUUGCAAAAUGGCUGGAACACCGAGCAAGGGCUUUAGAACUAACUGAUAAGGCUUACUGGCCUGAGAAUGGCUAUAAAAUGGCAGAAGUUUAUUUUAUUUCUAAAAAUCCUGCAGAAAUUGGCCUCGCUUCAUCUUGGAUUUGGAUACCGCUGAAAGAAGAUGGUGACUGUGAAGAAGUCCAGCAGUUAAUGAAGCUUGUCACAAGUCUGCAGGAGCUAGUGGAUCUGUCCAGGAAAUACAACUGCAGAAUUGCACUUUCUGAAUAUGAAAAGGAAACUACAACUACAAUUGUGUUCCGUAUGUUGGAUAAAGUCUUGGCGCCUGAACUUAUUCCAAGCACAUUAGAAAAGGUUAUUAGACCUUACAUGCACCAGCAUAACCUCCAGGAAGAAGAACUUUUGCUGCAGUACAUUAAGGAUUUGCUGGAGCAAUGCAGUGCUCGGUCUGCGUCAUUGUUUGAAACUGCUUGGGAGGCCAAAGCAAUGGCUGUUAUUGGAUGCAUGUCUGAUACAGAUUUAAUAUUUGAUGCAGUACUUCAAAUUAUGUAUGGUGCUGUGGUGCCUUGGAGUGAUGCAGUUGAGCAGCUAGUAAAGCAACAUCUGGAGAUGGAUCAUCCUAAAGUGAAAUUAUUACAGGAAAGCUACAGACUCAUGGAGAUGAACAAACUUCUACGAGACUAUGGAAUAAGGGGUUUUAAUUUUUCAAAUGAUAAACAAAUUAUGGGUUUGAUUAAAUACAUCUUAAAGCAGGAUUCUCCUUCUUCUCUUGAAGAUGCUUUAAAGAUUUUCCAAGCAUAUAAACUACCUACAGUAGAGGUGUACAUUUUCAGAAUUGUCCAGCUAAUUUACAUGAACAGAGGAGAUGAGUGUCUAAAUCUUUUAAAGUCCAUGGCUCCUGCUGAAACUGAUGUCACAAUGGAACGUCUGUCUUUGUGGGCAAGAAUAGCACUGCAAGAGAAUCCCGGCAAUUCAGAAGAGUGCAAGGAAGAUCAGAAAAUGAUAGCGAAAACAUUAGUAGAUAUUCUGAAAUUUCACAUGUGUAAUCUGAAAGGGAAUCUUCUGAAAAGUGAGAUAUGUGAAGCAAAUUUAAAAAUGUUUGAAGCAAUCCACAGUUUACAGGAAGAUUUUGAUAUAUUCCUUUCACUUGAGGAAUAUGAAAACCGAUCUUUGGUGUCUCGGCUCAGAGAAGAGCACAUUAUAGCUUAUGAAACUACAAGAUCCAAGUCGAAAUUAGAAAAGACAUCAGAACAAAAUGCAAGUCUUGAUAAGCAGUCCAAAGUGCCUUCAACAGAGUCCAGACUUUAUAGACUUGCUUUACUCUUGCAAGUCACAGAGCAGGAGCUUGGAGCAGAAUUGGCCUUAAGGGCAUUAUCUGCUGGAAAAGUUGACAAAACACUUGAGAUAUGCAGUCAUUUAUAUGAACAUCACUGGAAUGCUCAGACUGCAGAAUUACUCUUUCUGGUUUCCCAAAAACUUUGCCAAAUGUUGGAAGCAAAUACUCCGAUGGUAAUUCCCCCAGGAAUGAAUCUCCCAGCUGUUACUUACCAUCUGGCCUGUAAAGCAUCUGCGAUAUGUAGUCCAGAUCUCUUGCUUGAUGCUUUGGAAUUAUGUAAAUAUACUCACAUAGCCAUGGAACUUUAUAGGCAAUGUGAAAUUGAAGACUAUGGUUUCAUAACUAAAAAUGCCAGUUUUGGUGGUGAAAGAGACCAUUAUGAAGAGUGGACUUUUGAAGAUUUCUUUAAUGAAGAUGGAAUUGUCCUUGAUCCAUUGGUGGUUCUGCCAGUUGCUUAUGACUUAACUACUGCUUUUGUUCCAAGUAUAAUUGGUCAAAAGCUGUAUCCUCUCGAUUGCGUGAAUUCGGCCAACAGCCCAUAUAUUAACGGAGAAAAUUCACUGCUACCUGCUAAGACACCUAUAUUGGCAUUGUUGGAAAAUUUGCAGGAAUGCAGCCAGUGUGAACUUACUUUGCAACUCAUGAUUAGGGCAUUUGGCACUUGUCUACAACAUGGUGUUUCAAAUAAUAUGGACAAUCAUUUGAGUGUAAAGCUACAUGAUGAAAAAGUGAUGGCAGAAACAAGAACAUUUAUAACAGUACUGGGAGAGAAAACAGUUGCAAUAAUUAAAGACACUGCAAUGGCAUUAUUACAUAAGGUUUUCAAUUGUCGAGUGGUGGAUUGUAACCUUGCACUGGCGUACUGCUCUUUACUCCCCAAGAAAGAAGUGUUUGCAAAACUUUGGGAUGUCAUAAGCAACUCGUGGCAAAAUUACAACAAGAUUUUGGCUGUAGCAGUGGUUGGAGCCCAGCUUGCCUAUGUGUAUCAUGAAAAAGAAGAAUGGAUUAAAUUUCAGGAGCUUAUCACUGAUGCCAAGUGGGGAAUCCAGCUCUGCAACAUUGGAAUUUCUUUCCAGUCUGCCUUUAGACAAGACUCUCAACAGAAGAAAGAGCUUGUUUCUACUUUAGUUCAAAACUCACAUGUGGAUACAGAUCUUAUUUUGAAGUAUUGCAGCACAUUUAUGCUGGACUCUGAUGCUGCCCUUCAGCUUUACAUAGAAACUCUACUUCUUUCUGGCUCAAGUUGGAAGAAUAGCCAUGGUGGCUGUAUUGUGGAUCCUGGCCAACAUGCUCAGCUGGUAGCAAAAGCAAAAAAGAUCAUUCCUCUGCUAAAUAGUACCCAAGACCUUGUUGUUAGUCUUAGUGGAAUUCUACAUAAGCUGGAUCCUUAUGAUUAUGAGACUAUUGACGGAAUCUUGCAAGUGAUACUUGCUGCAGAUGAGAAGAAUACCAAUAUACAACUGAGCCAGGCGUUAAGUUUGGUGAAUCUUCUUAGAUCAUACAAGAGAAUUGCACCUCCGGCUGAUAUAGAACAUCAGUAUAUUUUAGAACAUGGUAUUGCGAUGUCCAGUGCUGCACAUACAAGACUGCCUUUUCAUUUACUUUUCUUCACAACAUCAACCAGUUUUUGGGGAAUCAUAUCUUCUGAGCUAAGUGAGGAGUCGUUUCCAACACUACUGCUAAUUUCCAAACUUAUGAAGGUUUCACUGGACACUCUGUACAUGACAGCGGUGAAGCAUGUUUUUGAGAAAAGUUUGCGUCCCAAAGCCUUGAAGCUGAAAAAUAAUGAAUGUCCUUCUCUCAUCAACAAAGAAACUGCUAAGACUGUACUCAAUAUCCAGUCGUACCUCCAGUCUAUCAGUAACCCAGAGUGGGCAGCUGCUAUUGCUCAUAGGAUUGCUCAAGAACUUCCAACUGGAUCCGAUAAAAUUCAUGCACUAAAAUUCUGUCUCCAUUUGGCUGAAAAGUGGAAAAUGAAUAUAUCCCCUAAGGAAGAAUCUCAUGAAAGAGCCGAAGUACUAAUAAAGAAACUAAGCAUGCAGUACCGGCGAUCGGCAACUGAGAAUGUGCUAAUAACACACAAGCUAAACACGCCAGAUUUUCUUAAACAGAUUAGUAAACCUGCAACCCUUAUUGUUUCACUUUAUGAGCAUAGUAGUGUGGAGGAAAGAAUAAGAAACCCCACUGGCAGAGAUUAUCCAGAUAUCCACACAGUAGCAAAGCAGAUAGCUGAAGUCAACAACCUGAGCAUGAACAAAAUUCGCGACCUACUCCUUGAUAAAUGGCUGUGCCCGAAUACAGUACCACAAGCAUCUAAAGACAAAGAUUUGUUGGGUGACAUUCAGGGAGAUGAGGACCUCAGCAGAGUUAUUUAUCUACUCCAGCCAUACCCUGUAGAUUUCAGUUCAAGAAUACUGUAUGCAAUAACCACCUCAACCACAUCUCCUAUUGGGGAUAACAAAUUGACUUUUGCUCACAGAAGUCGAGCACUUCAAUGUUUGAUCCACUUGGCUGACACAGAGACUGUGGUAUCACUUGUAAAGAAACCUAUUGACCAAAUAAAGUAUUACCUCAAGUGUUGCAUCUAUCUAUCUGAAUUUGAGAUCUUAAACAUCCCAUACACCCUUGAGUCAUUCCAUAGCAGUCCCAAAGAGGGAAUGAUAAAAGGCCUAUGGAAAAACCACAGUCAUGAAGCCAGGGCGGUGAGGUUGGUAACAGAACUUAGUUUAGAAUACCAAGUUUAUGACCCCCAGCUCUGGAGUGGAUUAUUGCAAAAGUUGCUUGGAUUUAACAUGAUGUCAUACCUCAGAAAAGUGUUAGUAGCCAUUACCGGCAUUCACUGCCUCUGGGAGGUGCCAAACUUUACCAGGGCAUGGCGUAGUGUUGUACUGGCGCCAUUUGCUUGCGCUUCUUGCCCCCCAAGCCCCUCACAGCUUGAGGAAUGCUACCAGUCCUUUCUGGUGUUACUAAAGUGCCCUGUUCUGGCUGAUCUGGACCUUGUAGGAAUAGCUAAACAAUAUGCCCAGAUUGAUCUCCCAGCAUUUACUUUUGGAUGUCUUUUGCUUAUCCCAUAUGUGGAAAAAAGAGAACAAAAUAUUCAGGGCUUUUUAAGUGCCUGCAGUCCAGAAGCUGUUUUGCUACAAACGGAGAACUAUAUGAGUACUGGAGAAGUAGCUGGUGUGGCUUCACAGAUAAAAACAAUCAUUUUGGACAAUAUGAUUGAGAAGAAACAGUUUGAAAAGUUUUUUAAAAGUAAAUGCCAUAAUGUUUUGAAGAUGCAUGCAGUUAAUUCUAAUCGUGUGAAAGAGCUGGCAGAUUACCUUGCAGACAAAAAUUGUUGGGAUGAUGCUGCUGAGCUUGUAACAGAAUAUCUGAAGUACCGUGGGAAACCUUUCCGAAGACACGAUACAUCCCUGGAUAUUGUAAAGGAAUUUUUAAGGGAACAAACAUAAUGCUUUUUGGAGCUGUGUAUGCGCUUACAGAUCUACAAAGAAAGCAGGAAAAACAAAUGUGAUUUUAUAUUUUUCUUAAAUUGUACGGUCAUUGAAUUCUGCCCAUGUGUGCAGUCUAGUAGUACUCAAAUGAUGAUAUAGCACUUUUCAUCUGCACUCUCUUCAUCUUUAACUUAAAGCCAAGAUGUUUGUAAGCUGUUAUAUAAAUUGUGUCCUUUCUAUAUGGUUCAUCUUUCUGUAUGUUAAAGGGGUUAUCCCAUGAUUAAUGUAAAAAGGAAAAUCUCUUUCUAACAAAGCUAGAACCAUCCCUGUACCUUACAUGGAUCCAGAGAUUUCCCCAAUCAUUGCUCUGCUA